UCAUUGUUCAUUGUAGUAUUCUGGUUCUCGUGUUUGUUUUCUUUUAAAUAACUAAUCUGGGAAAACAAUUUGUGUUUUUUAAACUACAUAUUUCAUUACUUAAUAAACAUUUAAGGAAUACAAACUAUAAUAUUCUUAAAUCUAAUAUGAAAUGAUAUUUUAACAAGUUGAAAUAAUUUAGAUUUCAAAAGUGCGUUGGACAUGGAAGUCUCAAAAACAUUACAAGGAAAUCCUGCUUUAGACAGAAGCAAGUCAUUGACGAAUUCCGGAGACUCUACUUCUGAAAAAUCGAUUUCUAUAGACUUUCUAAACGAUGCCCUACUAGUUCUAUACGAUGAGUGCUGCAAUUCUAGCCUGUGUCGCGAAAAGACAUUUUCCGAUUUCAUUGAGUUUUCAAAAACAACAGUUGGUCUUAUUAAACAAAAUAGACCCUCCAUAAGUGAAUUUGAGCUUCUAAAAAUAAUAGGACGAGGAGCAUUCGGAGAAGUUUAUUUAACCCGAAGAGAUGAAGAGAUUUAUGCUAUUAAAAUUCUAAAUAAAUGGGAGAUGCUCAAACGAGCAGAAACAGCAUGUUUUCGAGAAGAACGAGAUGUACUAGUAUAUGGGGACAGGCAAUGGAUAACAAAUUUGCAUUUUUCCUUUCAAGACGAAAAAAAUUUGUACCUUGUAAUGGAUUACUACAGUGGAGGAGACCUCCUAACAUUGCUGAGCAAGUUUGAAGACAGAUUGCCUGAGGAUAUGGCAAAGUUUUACAUAGCCGAAAUGAUUUUAGCUAUAAGCAGCAUUCAUGAACUUUCAUAUAUUCAUCGCGAUGUUAAGCCAGAUAACUUCAUUUUAGACUCAAGUGGUCAUAUUCGUUUGGCAGAUUUUGGAUCUUGUUUGAAAUUGGGUAGCGAUGGCAAGGUUAAAUCGAACGUUGCUGUUGGAACACCCGAUUAUAUUUCACCAGAGAUUUUAAGAGUCAUGGAAGAUGGCCAAGGAUGGUAUGGUCUAGAGUGUGAUUGGUGGUCCUUGGGAAUAUGUAUGUAUGAAAUGCUCUAUGGUAAAACUCCCUUCUAUGCUGAGAGUUUAGUUGAAACUUAUGGAAAAAUUAUGAACCAUGAUAACAGUUUCGAUUUUCCAACGGAGGAAUAUACAGAUAUGAAGAUUUCUGAAAAUGCCAAAGACUUAAUGAAUCGCUUAAUAUGUUCAGCUGAAAUCCGCCUUGGACAAAAUGGUAUCGAAGAUUUUAAGUCUCAUCCUUGGUUUGCUGAUAUUGAUUGGUGUAAUAUAAGGAACCAGAGUGCGCGUUAUAUUCCUGAAGUCACUAGCAAAACUGACACAUCAAAUUUUGACGUUGAUGAUCAUGACUUUAGAUCACCUGACACAGUUCCUCCAAUAGUCAAUAAAACCUUUUCCGGACUCCACCUGCCGUUUAUUGGAUUUACUUAUACCCAAAAUAUCCCAACUUUAGACUAUCUUCAAGACCAAAUAUCCGAAAGUGAUCAAAUGAUGGUUAGUAACUAUUUAAACAGCAGCGAUGCUACAGGCCAAAAUGAUAAAGGAAGUACCGAGAAACAGAUUUUGUUACCUGCUAAUGGGCAAAUGCAGUCUAUGGAAAUCGAAAAAGAGUUUCAAAGUCUGCGACAGCAAAUCGAGAACUUACAAAGGGAAAAUAGUUCGAUUUUGGAGAAACUGGAGUUACAAAAUGUUGAGUUAAAGGAUGCAAAUUCACAGAGAACGUUAGCAAUGAAGGAGUACUCGGAAGUGACAGACAAAUUGUUUGAAUUAAGGAAUCAAAAACUUAAACUUUCACGGCAGGUGAGAGACAAAGAGGAAGAACUUGACACAGCAAUGCAAAAAAUUGAUUGUCUCCGAAGCGAACUGAGGAAAUCCGAAAAAAGCAAAAGGGAACUUGAACUCCGAAUGGAAGACGCACUGGCAGGAGCAUCAAAACAAAGAAAACUGCGCGAAAGGUCUGAUGAAUGCUAUCGGAAGCUUAAAUCUGAGGUAUGGGCAGCGAACUCUAUGGAUUUUGAAAGCCCAUCAUCCCUUGGAUAUUCUUCAGAUGUAUUUCGCUUAGAAAAAGGAAAUAAUGAUGACAACUCUUCUGAAUCGUACAACAAUCCAUCAACUCAUUUAACUACAAGCGUUUCAACAUUGAGUGGAAAGUUAAAUGAAACUAAUAAUUUCUCUGAAAUGUUUCGAAUAGAAUCACAGAAAUCUAACGAAGAUGCUGAAGCUAAUUUAAAAGAAACAAUACUUGAAUUAAAGAAAAAGUACAGCAAAGAUAAAAGUAUUUGGCUUGAAGAGAAACAAAGGCUUUAUUCAGAAAUUGAUAAGGUUAAGGACAGUCGGAGCGUACUCCAGUCUAAAAACAAAGAAGUCGAAAAGAAGUGUCGUGAAUUAUUGUCAAAGCAGAAGACAAUUUUUCAAUGGGAAAAACAAAUAACAGAAAUAAUUCAAUGGGUCUUAGAUGAAAGAGAUGCUCGCUCUUAUUUGCAAGUUCUUGUUAAUAAAAUGACAGAAGAACUGGAAUAUCUAAAUCAUUCUGCAUUGGAAACCUCGAUCUUUGUAAACCCCAACAAAGCUUGUGGGACUAAUUGAGUACUAUAAUACCUGUGUAUAUGUACUUAUUGUUCUGUGGGUUAGUAGAAACAUUUAGUUGAAACCACAGAAUUUGUAAUUCAAAAAAUGUUAACAUAUGUGAAAUAAAACUUAAAAAUAAAAAAAAUUAUAGACAG